GCGGGGCGGGGGCGGAAGAGCUCGACUCAGGUUCGCGGUGUGGCCCAGACUGCGCUCCCUGCCGAAAUCAAGCCCCGAGUCCUCGGUGUGGAGCGUUCGCCCUCCCGGGGCACGGCUGGCCUUUUUCCAGAAACUGGAUUUUGUUUUCCUUCUAAAAUCAUACUGUAACUGUGUCAGCGUGUUAUGAUGCCGUCUCGUACCAACCUGGCUACUGGAAUCCCCAGUAGUAAAGUGAAAUACUCAAGGCUCUCCAGUACAGACGAUGGCUACAUUGACCUUCAGUUUAAGAAAAGCCCUCCUAAGAUUCCAUAUAAGGCCAUUGCGCUUGCUACGGUGCUGUUUUUGAUUGGCGCCUUCCUCAUUAUCAUAGGCUCCCUCCUGCUGGCAGGCUAUAUCAGCAAAGGGGGGGCAGACCGGGCCGUUCCCGUCCUGAUCAUUGGCAUCCUGGUGUUCCUGCCAGGAUUUUACCACCUGCGCAUCGCCUACUAUGCAUCCAAAGGCUACCGGGGAUACUCCUACGAUGACAUUCCAGACUUUGAUGACUAGCACACACCUCAGCCCUGAAGAAAAGAGUCACAGAUGGGACUGAGCCCACCUUUAAGACAUUGAGCAGAUACUAUGGCUAAGGGCUAAGGAGUUCUGCGAUUUGCAGAUGUUUAACAAAACAGUGGCCAGAUUUUAUGGGUCCAUCCGAAAGAUGUUAACUAAGCUUACAACUAUCCAUGUCAUCAGGACAGUUUCUAUUUUUCAUCUCCUGGCCCUGGCAAAAGCUCCUGACAAGUUUUUCCACGUGAAUAUGUGUCAUGAAAAGUAGCAAUGUUAAUUGUAUGGGAAAGUGGGAGGUUAUUCUGUAGUGGAAUGUGUUGCUGCCACCACCCUUUUUAGAGUUGAGCAUUCUUUUAAAUAGUCCUCAUUGUCAGUAUGUUCUUGUGGCAAAUGGAAGAAUGCAGUAUGUCAGAUUUCUUAUUACUAAGUAAUUUAUUUUGAAAAUAUGUAAGUGUCUUAUCCCCAUACUCUAACUUUGUGUUCUAGUGGAAAACCGUGGCAAAAUCAAAUAUCAGUGGGGUGCAUCUAUAAUAUUUUUUACUUGCUUUCUUAUUAACAGCAACUAGGAAUUUUUUAAACCUCAGAGCAAAUUUUCAAACUGUAAACACAUUCUCUGUUCACCAGUCCUUGGCCAGCUCUGAUCUGGUUCACUGACAGGUUGGCCAGCGUAUAAUUUGGAUCAUUCUGUCCUCUGUAGAUCUAGGUGUUCUGUAUAUCAUGCCUUUAAGGACAAGACUUUUGGCUGUUUCCUAAGGAAAAUAUGUAGAUAAGUGGUUAUUAUUUAUAGUUUUUAACACUGUUGUUAGCACCUUGUAUUAUGAUGUCAUUCUGCUGAAGAUUGUAAGAACUGGCCUGGAUCUCUAGAGGACAAGACUGCCUUAGUUUGAUUCUGUUUCCUAUCUUGCAAAAAAUGGCUUGUAUUCAAAAGAAAUUAAAAUGUCAAAAUCUAAA